CCGGAAGGAGCGCAGCGGCAGCCUCGGCUGCGGCCACGAAGCUGUCGCGGUCGCUCCUGCUGACUAGAAGCUGCGGCGACAGAAGCCGCCGAGCCUGUAUCGAGAGCCGGCGAGUUGAGUGGCGAACUCUUUGGAACAGGUAGUCACCAUGUUUAGAUAUUAGCAAGCACAUAGGUGUAUGUCUGCAUUGGAAAAUGGCAGAGGGAAACAACAAUGAAGAGGUAAUUCACUUGAACAACUUCCACUGCCACCGGGGACGAGACUGGAUCAAUCUCAGAGAUGGACCCAUCACCAUAUCUGACUCCUCUGAUGAGGAAGGGGUUCCAAUGCUGGUCACCCCAGCUCCUCAGCAGCAUGAUGAAGAGGACCUGGAUGAUGAUGUCAUCCUGGCGGAAACAAAUAAACCUCAGACAUCACGACCCAAUCUCAUCAAACCAGCUGCCCAGUGGCAAGAUCUCAAAAGAUGGGGAGAAGAAAGGCCUAAAAAGUCUAGAGCAGCCUUUGAAUCAGAUAAGAACGGCUUUUUUUCUGUGUGUAACAGCUCGUUGUUUGGUUCUGGGGCACAGGAUAAUUCUGAGGAUAACUACGGUGAAUUUCUAGAUCUUGGGCCUCCUGGAGUUUCUGAAUUCAUUAAGCCAAGUGGACAAACAGAAAGAGAACCCAAGCCUGGACCAAGUCAUAACCAAGUAACAAAUGACAUUGUCAACCACAGAGCAGAGCAGAAAAUCAUUAUCCUGAAAGAAGGUAGCCUUCUUUUUCCAGAAAGUGAUCCUUUGGACACUCAGAACCAGUCAUCUGAAGACUCAGAGACAGAGCUUUUAUCAAACCUCGGAGAAUCAACUGAUAUCCUAGAUGACCAGGCCAUCGAAGAAGACUGCUGGUUAGACCAUCCUUACUUCCAGUCUCUGAACCAACAGCCCCGUAAGAUAACAAACCAGGUUGUGCCUCAGGAGCGGCAGCCUGAAGUAGAACUGGGCCCACUGUUGUAUCAGCAUGAACCCUCAGGGUCAGCUUUUCCAAGACCGGCUUUUCCAAGACCAGAACCCCAGCAGGAUGGGAUUCCAGGCCCUUCUUCUCCUCAGCCUGCCCAUCCUCUGGGAGAGCUUGAAGACCAACAGUUAGCAAUAGAUGAUGAAGAGCCAGGUCCAGCCUUUCCACUGCAAGGAUCUCAGGAGCCCAAUUUGGAAAACCUUUGGGGGCAAGAAGCUCCUGACGUAGACCAAGAACUCAUUGCACUAUUAGUGAAAGAAACAGAAGUAAGAUUUCCAGAUGUAGCACAUGGGUAUAUUGAGGAAAUAAUUCAUUUGAAAAAUUACUAUGAUUUGAAUGUACUUUGUAAUUUUCUUCUGGAAAAUCCAGAUUAUCCAAAGAGAGAAGAUAGAGUCCUUAUCAAUCCCAAUAGCAGCCUGCUUGCCAGCCAAGAUGAGAUAAAGUUGCCUAAAAUAGACUUUUUUGACUAUUCUAAAUUGGCUCCUCUUGACCAGCGCUGCUUCAUCCAAGCUGCUGACCUCCUGAUGGCCGACUUCAAAAUGCUCAGCAGUCAGGACAUCAAGUGGGCCCUGCAUGAGCUCAGAGGACACUAUGCAAUCACCCGAAAGGCCUUUUCUGAUGCCAUUAAAAAAUGGCAGGAGCUAUCGCCAGAAACCAGUGGAAAAAGAAAAAAGAGAAAAGAAAUGAAUCAGUAUUCUUACAUAGAUUUCAAAUUUGAACAAGGUGACAAAAAAAUAGAAAAGAGGAUGUUCUUUCUGGAAAAUAAGCGGCGACAUUGUAGGUCUUAUGACCGGCGUGCUCUCCUUCCAGCUGUGCAGCAAGAGCAGGAGUUCUAUGAGCAGAAAAUCAAAGAGAUGGCAGAGCAUGAAGACUUUUUGCUUGCCCUGCAGAUGAAUGAAGAACAGUAUCAAAAGGAUGGCCAGUUGAUUGAGUGCCGCUGCUGCUACGGGGAAUUUCCAUUUGAGGAACUGACGCAGUGUGCAGAUGCUCACUUGUUCUGCAAAGAGUGUCUCAUCAGAUAUGCCCAAGAGGCAGUCUUUGGAUCUGGAAAGUCAGAGCUCAGCUGCAUGGAAGGCAGCUGCACGUGUUCAUUCCCAACCAGUGAACUGGAGAAGGUGCUUCCCCAGACCAUCCUGUAUAAAUACUAUGAGCGAAAAGCAGAAGAAGAAGUUGCUGCAGCCUACGCUGAUGAGCUUGUCAGGUGCCCCUCCUGCAGCUUUCCUGCUCUGUUGGACAGUGAUGUGAAGAGGUUCAGUUGUCCCAAUCCUCGCUGCCGAAAGGAAACCUGUAGGAAGUGUCAGGGACUCUGGAAAGAGCACAACGGUCUCACUUGUGAAGAACUGGCUGAAAAAGAUGACAUCAAGUACCGAACAUCUAUUGAAGAAAAGAUGACUGCAGCCCGCAUUAGGAAAUGCCAUAAGUGUGGGACCGGCCUCAUCAAAUCAGAAGGCUGCAACCGCAUGUCUUGCCGCUGCGGUGCCCAAAUGUGCUACCUCUGUCGAGUAUCUAUUAAUGGAUAUGACCACUUCUGCCAGCAUCCUCGCUCCCCAGGAGCCCCUUGCCAGGAGUGUUCAAGAUGCUCCCUCUGGACCGACCCCACUGAAGAUGAUGAGAAGCUAAUUGAGGAAAUCCAGAAGGAGGCCGAAGAGGAACAGAAAAGAAAGAAUGGAGAGAAUACCUUCAAACGCAUUGGGCCUCCCUUGGAGAAGCCUCCAGAGAAAGUCCAGAGGAUCGAAACCCUGCCAAGGCCCGUCCCACAGAACCUGCACCAGCCACAGAUCCCCCCCUACGCCUUUGUGCACCCAGCCUUCCCCCUGCCUCCCGUCCGGCCCAUGUUCAACAACUUCCCCCUCAACAUGGGCCCCAUCCCAGCGCCCUAUGUGCCCCCUCUGCCCAAUGUACGAGUCAACUACGACUUCGCCCCCGUCCACGUGCCGCUGGAGCACAACCUGCCUAUGCACUUUGGCCCCCAGCCGCGGCAUCGCUUCUGACAUCCAGGCCCCACGCCUCCCGGGAGCCCCGCCAAGCAUCCCGUGCAGGCUGGAGGCUGGAUAGAUGCUCCUUCGCACCCAAGGCUGAUGGCUGUGCCCAUGCCUGCUAAGUAGGGAUGACGGACUUGCCUGUUGAAUAGAUAGGCUGGAUUUCUUCCCGGGAAGGGCCACUGCUCCUUGAAAAGUGAUCAGCAGGCUGGUACCCUCUGGGUGCCCGUACCAGGAUUGGGCCAGAGAUAAGGGACAGCAAAACCCUCUUCCUGAAGAGUUCUGCCAUCCUAGCAGCCAACGUGGUGGCCCUGGGCCACAAGGUAGCCCGUCUCUGUCACUCACGUCCCUGCAGAAAUAGAUGAAGGGAAAUGUUUGCCUCCAUCCCCUCCCCCUGGCAGACAACAGAAGUCUCUCAGUUAAAAACCACGUAAGCCUUCCUUACCAUAGCAGUGUGAUCCAUAACAAAGUGAAGUAACAAGUAGUGCAGUUUCGAGAGAGCUGAGAGCUCGGGACCGUGUCGUGGAGGCCUGGUUCUUCUACCCACCUCGCUCUGAAGCCCACCUAGAGUGAGGUGCACCCCACUGCCCUGAGCCGGUUGGUCUAAGUGGCAGAGCGAUGUCCACAGACCUGGGAGCGCCGCUCAGGUUGGGGAGGCUGUGGACCGUGUCCAAGUGCAGUACCCCAGGCCUCCACCGCAGUGAUUGUUCCAGGGUCUCGCCUUCCCUCUUGGUCCUCUCGGAUGAGACCACAGAGAGCCAUUUCAUGCAGUGGGAUGUUUGUAGUUUAUCUAAAGAAACAUUUGCUGUUUACUCACUUUGAACUUUUCCAGUUUUCUGUGGCCUACUAGAGUUUCUCUCCCUCAGUCUCUGGAAAGUCAAAGAAAUCUGUUGCUCCGUGCCUGGCAGUUGAUGAGGGUGGGAUGGUCCUGAAAUUUUUGCCAACCACAAGAUCCUUUUUGAAGUAGCUGUGACAGAGGCCUGGUGGCUUUCCCGGGGAGCCGUGUUUGCCACCACCCAGGUAAUGAACAGAUUCUCCCUUAAGGUAUGGUGGCGCUGGCUCUCCCCAGCAGGUAGAUGACCCAGGUUGCGCUCGGCAGCUACCCUUUCCUGAGGUCAGGUGAGUCCGGCUGUGGGUUUGCUUGGGAGUCCCCACCAUGUUCCCUUUCCUGAGGUCAGGUGAGUCCGACUGUGGGUUUGCUUGGGAGUCCCCGCCAUGUUCCCAGUUGCCUUUUGCUGUCCAGCCCCAGCCAGGUGUUUGAGCCUCACCCCAGCCACCUGCUCUGCAGUACUUCGUGCUCCAGCCCGUGUGCAGCGCAGAGGCCUCAGUGGGGAAUGAACCUGCCUGGCUCCCUGUGUUGGCCUCCGUUCCUCUUGCUGAAGCUCUGAUGGCUAUGGGGUUCCCAGAAGUUCACACACACAGACCUCAGAGAGGAGGGGACACACCUGGGACCAGGCAUCACCGUCUGGUCACCCGUUGCCAUCAGCCUCUCAGAUGUUUUUCAGAGAUUAAAAUGGAGAGGUGACGUGCCAGGUUGCCUGUUAUUGCUGUCUUUCCUCUGGGUUUGGGGUUUGCGGAUAGGUGACCCCCAGGGCUUGGGGUGGGGGGCGCAUGAAGAGAGGCUACACUGAGUCUCUGCUGCCAGGAGCCUUUCCCUACCGGGCUUCCUGCCCCUGCCCUUGGGGCACAGCAACAGGAUUUCUUCAAGUACCUUUAAAGCAUGUUCCCUGUGCUUCCCCAAGGGAGGGUCUCUGAGGGCUGUGAACUGCCAACAGAUGUCCCACCGGAUGGGGAGGGUGACCCCAGGUGCUGUCAACCUGCCCCACUGGUGACAGUGCUCACCCCAGCCCACCAGAACCUUCUGGGUCUCUGACCCGAUUCAUCAUCCAAUGAAGGAACCAGCUUCCACCUCUUCCCCUGCAGCCCAGGGUAUGUGGCUCCACGGAGGUCCUGGGGCAGCGGCAAGGACAGACUUUGGACUGGUGUCGCAUGCCCUUGGCACUGCGGUCCAGCAGCUGCCCUAGGACCUGGCAUGCGAAGGUCCAAAGGUUGCCGCACAGGAGGGAGACCAGAAUAAUUCCCCCAAGGCCAAACCGAAGACUUGUCUUUUGAGAUGAGUUCUGGCUGUUUUUAACCACACGAGGCAGCUAGGGAACCACUCCUGCCUUUCUGAGCCGAGGGCGCCUGAUUUCUAACGUUCCUCCUUGAGCCAGGCUGUGGAGUGGCUUGCAGGUCUGCAGGUGUAGCACAGUCACUUUUGCCUCAAGUUCUGACCCAAGCAUGAGCCCCCUCAUGUCUGCAAAAUGACCCUGUAGGUGCCUCGUGUCUUGGAGAAGGAGUCUGUACUAGUGAUGGGGUUGGGGAGAGAGGGCGCCAUAACCAUCAGACAAACCAGUCAGUGGCUACAAGAUGCAAAUGACAGGACACCCCCAGAGAUCAGCCCCUGUCUGGGGGACAGAGCAGUCCCGGAGGCAGCCUGGCACCUUCCCCUCUGGGCUGCCUUGCUUGCUCCCUGGAGCGAGAGACUGCCCAGCAACAGUCCCAUUCUUGCCUUAAAACUGGAGAGAGGAAUCUAGUAUUUGCACUUAGCAAAAGAUUUUAAAACUUAAAAAAACGUGCAUGACCUGUCACUUUGUAUAAAAAUAGCAAAAACGAUUAGUUUAUUAAAUUCUUUUCUUUACCUUCUGGUAGUAAAAAUACAUAAA